AUGAAGCGUAUUUAUUUGUUAUGUUGGUAUACGACCACGAUAGUUAUAAUAUAUACGGCUAAGGUAAGGUUAGGCUAAAGUAAACAUAUUACAUUCAUUAUAAAAAUAAUCUUAUGAUUAAAUAUCGUGUUACAGAGUCCACUGGAUAUGAUACAGCCGUUAAAACGCGAAUUCCGUUUCUCAAAGUUCGAAUUUAUUAUACCGAAUAAAAUUUACGGAAGGGUUUUGGAAUCAUCGAUUAAUCAAUAUCGUACUACGCAAUCGUUGUCCUCUCAUUUUGUUUAUAACGUCGAACAAAAAAAAAUCAAUGUAAGUACACAGCUAUGAAUAUUAUAUACAAUAUUGUUCAAAACGUCUUUUGACAUUGUACGCGAAUUUAUCCUAUUUUUAUUUUCCAGUGUUCGUCAAUAUCGGAUUUAGUGUUACCGAUUCACCAUCUCAAAGAGCAUCUCGAUGAAUUUUUUUUCGAACUCUUUUCGCUUUCGAGAAUAUAUUGUUUGAAAUUAAAAUUCUUAAAAAAAAAUUACACAUUACAAACUUUUUUUUUUUUUGACGAAAAUGUACGACUUAUAAUGAAUGUCCGUCUAAUUCGCAAGCGUUAUUAUUUAGUCUAAGAAUUUAUCCCCAUAGUACCUACCAAAUAAAAAUGUCGUAAAAAACCACGAAACACAAAAUGCCUAUAAGCACAAAAAAAAAAAACGAAUAGAAAUUCAGAAAACGUAAAUAUAAUUUUUCUGAAUUUCUAUUCGUGGAAAAAUUUUCAAAGCAUUUUUAUUUUAUGCUUCUAGGUAUUUUAUGCUUCUGGGUUUUUACGUCAUUUUUAUUUAUGAGGUAUUGAGGAAUAAAAUUGUUCUCUAUGAAAAUUCUUAACUGAAUUACAACAAAAAAUAAUAAAAAGCAUUAUUUUCUUAAAUUUGUCCGCUCUUUCACGUUUUUUUUUUUUUGGUUUUCUAAAUUAUUAAAAACACUACAAAGAAAAUUAAAAAACGACUAUAUUAGUCACUAACUAGAUAAACAAAUACAACAAAAAAGUUCUUAUUAUGUUUUUAUACGUAUUUUUACUCGUUUUUUAUUUUUUGAGAAAAUAUUGCAAAAUAUUUGUAGUUUUUAAACGGUCUAAAUUACUCUAAAUGUACCUUCUAUGGUAAUAUAUGACCUAACCAAGCCGCUCGUAACGUUUUUAAUUUUAUGGAAGGAGGGGUAUCAUGCAAAUUCCGGAUGCUACGUACAAACAUAUAGGAAAAAAAAGUACAAAAAGUUGAAUGGGGGGGGGGGCUGGGGAUACGUAUUUGAAUUUUCGGAUUUAGGUAUUGGAUGGGGUCGGAUCAAUUACCAAUUUCUAUCCGCGCAGGAUACUAAUUUGAACACCACUGAUUAUUUUAUAAAAACUACCUUUGUUCUACAUUUCACCUUUCUACCUAUGCGAGAAGUACAUAAUAAAUAAUUUUGCUGAAGAGUGAGUGAUUACUGAUUUAGUUAUUCAGUAACAAAUAUGCUGGAUUUAAAAUUUUCUCUUUUGAAAAGUUUUUUUAUUGAGUGUUCAAUUGUUUAUAGUGUCCCAAGCAAUUUAAACUUUAUUUUUAGUCAAACCAGGUAAAUUGUUUAGAAAGUACCGUAGGUAUGUGUAGCAACACAAACAUUGGCAUGCUUGCUAAAACUUGGCCUGGUGCACCGUCGUGCGCUCGAAUUUCUAAGUUUUCACACGGGUUUGUUACACAAAAAAAAAAAAAAACGAAAUAUUUCAUGUCACAUAUUAUUUCGAAAUACCUUAAACUCUGCAACAUACAUUUUGCAUGCAUUUUUUUUUCCAGGCAACAAUUACGAUUUUGAGAUGUAAGGAAUUUUAUGUGGAUUGCGAAAAUGCUGUAUCUUACAAUGUUCGAAAUAUGUGCGCGAAAUUUGAGUAUUUAACACAUUUCUUUGAUACAAAGGAUUUCAAUAGGGACCUCAAGUGCCCCAUGAAUGUAAGUACUCGUUAGAUCUGUACACGAUAGCAAAACAAUUAAACUAUAUUAUAUUCUGGGCUAUUUGUCAUAAUACAACGCAUAUACUCGUGUACGUGUUUGCCUAGUAAUAAAAUUUACAAUAUUAAUUAAUAUUAAGAUAAAUUAAAGGUAGACUUGGGAUAAUUCAAGAAACACUGUGGCGACUGUAAUCACUAUUGGACGUGUCCAAAAUCACGUUCAAAAUCAUUCGGUUGAGAAACCAAGUGUUUUAUAACCAAAUAUUAUUCGACUUGCGUGUGAUGAUUACAGGGCGAAUACAAUCUUAGAAACAUUACGGUUUCGGCGAACAAGAUCAUGUCGAUCGUCAGUUAUCCCACGGAAAAAUGGUGGGAACGUUAUUGGAAAUUCAAAGCCAUCUUUUAUAUCAAUAAUUACUCAGAAGUAUUGUGCAACUAUACUAUGGAUUUUUAUUUUUUACAAUUUCGAAAUCGUAAUUAAACCAAUAAAAAUGAAAGGCGAACGCCUAGCGAAACUAUAGUGACAACAUGAUACAAGCAUAUAUUACGUACCUAAUAUCAAUGCUCAUACCGCAACUAUAAUAUUAUUGUUGACUCUUUUAUUUUACCCGCAUACACCACCUAUUGUACCUAUAAUUUUAUUGAAUAUUUGCACGUUUAAAAGUUUGUUAUUUAUACGCAUUACAACAUUUGUACGUUUUGCUUUUAUUUAUCAAGAAUAAUAUACAUACUACGUAGUAAACUGUUUUCAAUUUUUUUUUACAUUUUAUUCUUAGUAAUGACUGUUACCGCGGGGUUUAGUUAAUCGACAUGUAUAUAUGCCUAUAUUUUUUUUUUAGACAGCUUGACGAUAGUCAGUGGAGAUAAUAUUGUAACGCUGUCAUUUUAAUCCUCAUUUGUAUUGUAAUUUCAUAAAAUGUAUUUUUACGAUAUUUAAACAUAUUAUGCGUGUUUUAUUUUUCUAUGUCCCAUCGGAGAAUGUCUUAAUUUAUAUCUUUCUCAAUGAAUGUUUACGGUACUCUACCCACGGUAAGAAUCACUGUUAACCAUAGAUAUCUUAGACGAAUAAAUUCACAGUUAUUAUAGUAUGCGAAUUUAUUCCAUGAUAAUCUUUUUUUUCAGCCUUAUCAUAAGUAAUAUGAUAUUAUUUUGUAUACGAAUUGGGCGGUUUCGAGCGUAAUAGGUAUGUGAUAUGUGACGAGACUAGAAAAAAAACGUAGUUUUCUUAAGGAUGUGAGGAAAAUUUAAGUUUACUUGUGAUAAGAGUCAUGGCGCAUCAACAAAUUUAUUUAUGAACUUGUUUAAACAUUUUUAGUUUGCAAACACUUCCCUAUCGGCAAAAAUAAUCGACCCAAGGUAAUGUUAAACAUUAUAAUAGUUAGGCUGAGGAUGUUCAAUACUUAAAAUGUCAAUACCCAGAACUCGGAAGCACUGCAUGCUGUUGCCAAGGAACAAUUAAUAAUUUUCAGAAGCACAGUGAGAUGACACCCAAAUGUAAUGCGCUUUACAAAACCUAGUAAUUUUAGUGUUCUACUGCAUGUCGACUCGAUUGUACGGGUAGAAAUCAAUCGUAGAUGUUAGGGUAAGUACUAUUAUUUCAGCACACAUAGAUAUAAGUUCUAUAAUAUAUCGUCUAAAUAGAACGAAAGCAGCCUUUUUUUUAAAUAAGAAGUACAAGGAAAAAAAUAUAGCAACCUUAAUAUUGUAGAGAAAGUUACCAGGUAUACCAUCAGGGCCUACUGAUUUGACAUAUUUUAACUAAGAAUAAUCGGUUGUAUUUCUUGUUAACUUAUACUUCCAUAAAUAAAACUCAAGGAACUUGUUUUGUAUUUUUGCAAGAGUGAUUUUUAUAGAUUAGUAGUAUUUUCGCUUGGAAAAUAUUAUCUUUAGUAUGACAAGAACGGACAUGAGUUUCCCGAUGAAGUUGAACUAGAACGGUUGACAACAGAAGUAGUUAACAACUUGGAAGGUAUUCCCGUCGUCGAUGUUGAAAUGGCACUGGAGGUAUUGGAAUUGUGGUGUAUUCGAGCGUAG